AUCACAUGGCGCUCUCCUGCAGUUUUCGCCGGCGUCGGAUUCGACUGACAACUUCCUGUCCCCAGAGAGGAAGCAGAGGUGACGCUUCAAUCGGUCGGCUGAAGCCUUCAUCAGUCACACAGAUCUCGGAGUUCAACUCCUCCGUAGAGUCCCCGCUCAAGUCCGCCGCGUAGAUGGCUGGAAGCGCCCCUUCCGAAGCCGUCGUGUCCGCAGAGGAAAUCAAGUGUUUCCAAAAAGUCGUGAAUGCAUUCGGAGCGUACAAAGUACACUCGCUCAAUCGAAUCGGCCGAUGCACUCAAUACGUGAGAUGCAUGAACGGAGACUACCGACGAUAUCUGAAGAAAUACUCUGAACAUUUGGAGAACCUGAAGAUCUGCGUCGAUGUCAACAACGACUUCCUGGAGAAAAUGAUCAAGGACACCGAGAUUUUCGAGAACCUGAGUUUUAGCAGCUCCAGUGAUCAUGACGAGCGAGAAUCUGUGCCCACUUCGAUGGACAUGGACAAGGUUUUCUCGACACUGAGGCAGUUCGCGAGGGAAUGGAGCGCCGACGGCGAAAAUGAACGACGUCAGUGCUUCUUGCCGCUCCUCGUUCGAGCUGAAAAACUGUUUCCGAGACAUCGCAGCGAGGUAAAGGUUCUGGUUCCUGGUGCGGGACUAGGGAGGCUUGCAUUCGAGUUCGCCUCGAGAGGUUUCUAUUGUGAAGGCAAUGAGUUUUCAUUCCACAUGUUGUCCGCUUCCUUCUAUAUUCUGAACAAGUCUCGAAAAGCGAACGAGUUCAGAAUAUAUCCGUAUUUGGGCCACUUCAGCAACAAUUUUCGGAACGAAGAUCAAACCCGAGUGGUGUCGAUACCUGAUGUCCUGCCCGGAACUCACGUGACCGAUCGAAAUUUCUCCAUGACCGCCGGUGAUUUCAUUGAGGUCUACGGCAAGCAGAGCGAUCGAUGGAACAUAGUGUGCACAUGCUUCUUCAUCGAUACCGCGCAGAACAUCGUAGAAUACCUUGACAUAAUCUUUCGGAUUCUUAGGCGUGGUUAUUGGCUCAACCUGGGACCUCUUCUGUACCACCACGCCGAUAUGCCAAAGGUUGAUAGCAUCGAACCGAGUUUCGAAGACGUCAAAAACAUUGCGAAAGCGAUUGGAUUCGCUAUUUUAGAGGAAGAGACCGAUCUGACAACUUCCUAUUGUAGCACACCGGCCUCAAUGCUGGAAUAUGUCUAUAAAAGCGUUCUGCUCGUCUGCCAGAAGCCGGCAACGGUCUCCGAGCCGAGCGGCGAGGCUUGCGUCUCUUUCACUUGACUCGGACGGUUGUCGUUUGUAAGAUAUGCCUCGAUCGGCACAUGUAUAUCAGAAUAAAAAGCAAUAUACUUACCC